AUGGACCUCCCACCAGGCUUCAGAUUCCAUCCCACAGAUGAAGAGCUUAUCAAUCAUUAUCUAAAGCCCAAGGUUCUGCAUUCCUCAGAUCAACCAACAUUCUCCAUUACAGCUGAUGUCAAUAUCUACAAGUUCGAUCCUUGGGAUCUUCCUGGUAAGGCUUGUUUCGGGGAGAACGAGUGGUUUUUCUUUAGUCCCAGAGAUCGGAAGUAUCCGAACGGAAUGCGUCCGAAUCGAGCAGCCGCUUCUGGUUUCUGGAAAGCUAGCGGCACCGAUAAACCGAUCAUCGCCUCUGGGGGGUCACGAUGUCUUGGAAUGAAGAAAGCUCUUGCGUUCUACAAAGGGCGUCCUACUAAAGGUGUAAAAACUGGUUGGGUGAUGACCGAGUAUAGACUUCUCAGCGACCACUUCCCGUCUUACAGGCCUAAAGGAUCCAUGCGAUUGGACGAUUGGGUUCUAUGCCGAGUUAGCCAUAAAGGCAGACUCGCUCAACAAGUACGAGCUGGAAGAAGCUCUGAUAGCUGCAUUAGUUCUAGCUGUUCACCUCCAUUAAUGCCUCGUGGGUACUUACAAGGUCAAGAGAUGGUUACACAGAACACCAUUGUUGAAGGCGAUGAUUCUCUUACUCCAAGCUCUCAAACAACCAUUGAUGACAAUGUGAGAGAGGUGUUGAAUUCCAUUGCCAGGGUACUCUCGGUUGGAGCUUUGGAUGAACUGUCCAUGGCUUCGAGUAACAACAAUGGCAGCGCAUCAGUUUUUCAAAUUUCAUCUCCAUCCCCGAGCUUCUCAGAUGUCUCAUGGUUUAAACUAUGA